AAGUUGAGUUUGAAACCUAGAAAAUUAAUUUCCGAUAGAGAGAGGGAGGGAAUACUUGUGUAUACAGAAUUCGGAGUCUGUGUUGACUGAUAGUGAAACUCAACUGAUGAAUGAACGUGGCUAUGAACAAAGGUAGAUUUUUUAGUAUUUCGGCAUCACAAUGUGAAUCUCUCUUGCGAAAAUAUUCAGAUUCGAAUUCUCUUUUAGAAACUAAAAAGCUCCAUGCCUUAAUCAUCACCUGUGGCACACUCUCUUCGUCCCAACUCUGCUCCAAGCUCGCCACAACCUACGCCCAAUGCCACCAUGUUUCUUACGCCUCCCACAUGUUUGAUAAAUUGCCCAAACGAAGUUUGUUCUCCUGGAACACCAUGAUAAGGAUGUAUGUUCAAAUGGGUCGCCCCCAUGAUGCCCUGAACAUGUUUGUUGAAAUGCUCCGUUCGGGUCAGUCUCUUCCCGACAACUUCACUUACCCAAUUGUUAUCAAGGCUUGUAGUGGCUUGUUAUUCAUUGAUAUGGGUGUUGGAGUUCAUGGGCAGACUCUAAAGACUGGUUUUGAUUUGGACACAUUUGUUCAGAACUCUUUGUUGGCAAUGUAUAUGAACUCUUUGUUGGCAAUGUAUAUGGUUGCUGGUGAGAAAGAAGCUGCAUUGUUAGUUUUUGACUCAAUGCAAGAACACACUGUGGUGUCUUGGAAUACUUUGAUUAAUGGCUACUUUCGGAAUAACUGUGCGGAGGAGGCGUUGAGGGUUUAUCGUAGAAUGAUGGAUGAGGGUGUGGAACCUGAUUGUGCAACUGUAGUUUCAGUUUUGCAGGCUUGUGGGAUUUUGAAGAAUGUGGAGCUUGGGAGAGAGGUUCAUAAAUUGGCUUUGGAGAAGGGGUUUUGGGGGAAUGUCGUAGUGAAGAAUGCAUUGUUGGACAUGUAUGUUAAGUGUGGUCAGAUGAAGGAAGCACGGUUGUUGUUGAAUGGGAUGAAUGAGAAGGAUGUGGUCACUUGGACAACUUUGAUUAAUGGAUAUGUUGUGAAUGGUGAUUCAAGAAGUGCUUUGAUGUUGUGUAGAAUGAUGCAAUCAGAAGGAGUGAAACCGAAUUUGGUUAGUGUAGCUUCUCUGCUAUCGGCCUGUGGUGAUUUGGUUUCUUUGAAACAAGGAAAGUGCCUACACGCAUGGGCAAUAAGGCAAAACCUUGAGUCUGAGGUUGUUGUGGAAACUGCUUUAAUUGAUAUGUAUGCCAAAUGCAAUGAUGGCAACCUCAGUUAUAAAGUUUUUAUGAAAACCUCUAAGAAGAGAGCGGCCCCGUGGAAUGCAGUACUAUCAGGGUUCGUACAUAAUAGGCUUGCGAGAAACGCAAUUCAACUCUUCAAACAAAUGUUAGUGGAAAAUGUACGACCUGACAGUGCAACCCUUAAUAGUCUUCUUCCUGCAUAUGCUAUUCUUGCCGACCUCAAACAGGCGAUGAACAUGCAUUGUUACCUUGUAAGAUUGGGAUUUCUUUGCAAACUUGAAGUAGUUAGUAUGCUAGUUGAUAUAUACUCAAAGUGUGGAAGUUUAGGAUACGCUCACCAGAUUUUUGAUAUAAUUCCUCCCAAAGACAAGGAUAUUAUUAUUUGGAGUGCAAUAAUUUCUGCUUAUGGAAAGCACGGGCACGGUGAAAUGGCUGUCUCACUUUUCAAUCAGAUGGUCCAAUCUGGAGAGAAACCAAAUGAAGUGACUUUCACCUCUGUUCUGCAUGCUUGCAGCCAUGCAGGUUUGGUUGAUGAUGGUUUGUCUCUGUUCCAUUUUAUGCUUAAAAAGCACCAAGUUAUUCCUCGUGUUGAUCAUUAUACAUGCAUAGUUGAUCUUCUUGGCCGUGCUGGUCGACUGAAUGAUGCUUACAAUCUUAUUAGAACAAUGCCUAUUACUCACAACCAUGCUGUAUGGGGGGCACUACUUGGCGCUUGUGUGAUACAUGAGAAUGUUGAACUGGGAGAGAUAGCUGCUAGGUGGACUUUUGAGCUUGAACCUGAAAACACUGGAAAUUAUGUGCUGUUAGCAAAGCUUUAUGCUGCUGUAGGAAGGUGGAGAGAUGCAGAGAGGGUCAGAGAUAUGGUAAAUGAGGUGGGAUUAAGAAAACUACCUGCUCACAGCUUAGUUGAGGUUAGCAAUAUGUGAAUUGAACGUGUUCUUAUAGAAUGCGAUGUCAGGUUAACAACAGUAGCCACAAACAUGAAAAUUCUAUCCAAAAUGGGUUAAGGCAUUUCCUUCAGAGGGAGAAGUGCCUACUACUGUUGCUUCUCUCACACAUUCGUCAUCUUAUAAGUUUCUCGGUUGUUAAUGCCAUGUUUGCAGUUUCACCCAAGACAGUUUCAAUGCAAGUUAUUUAUGAUUGUACGUCCCUUAGUCCUGCCACAACCACUUACUCUCCGAUCAUCUUUAUGAGUAGUUGGAUUUGGAUAUUGUUGCCACUUCCAGUUGGUUUACAGAAUCACAGAACAAGACAUGCCAAUCGUAUGUUCAUUGUCAUAGGUAUGUUCUAUGUAUAGUAUACAACAUUCAAAUGGUUUUUCCCUAUGUCAGGGGGUGCUAAAUAGUCCGAUUUAUCCAUAUAUCUGGGGCAUAUUCCAUUCAGAUCAAUACCUUAAUUCACAUGCAUCGAACCCUGCUGCCAAGGACAGCAUGGCUCUCUGAAUCAUUAUAGUUUGAUGACAGUGUUAGUCAAUGGAGUAUUAACAACGAAAUGUAAACAGGGAUGCUGUAACUUGUAAGUGAAGGGAAUUUUACCAAGUAUCACUAUAUGAGUUGGAUGCAAUCUGGAAGGCAUUUUGGGUGACCUUUUAGAACAAAUUAGAUCUAUUAGCUUUAGUUGUACAAAAAUGACAUAAUACUUUGUUAUUCACUAACAGUGACGGGGGAAGAAGCAAUACAGACAAGAGUGAAAUACAUCUAUUGCCUGAUUGAUUGGACUUCCCCAAGUGCAUAUGUACACAAAGUACAUUUAUGGAUGGAUCAUUGUCCAUUUAUAAAAUUGUUUGUCAAAUAAGAUUGAAAUUUUCUUAAUAGAAAUUGACUUUCAAGAAUUGCUGGCAUCCAGAUAGAUUUAGUUUUUUUAUGGAUUGAGAAUAGUUUUUUGACUAUUUAUUAUAUUUUUAUAGUUUAUGGAGCAAAUAAGAUAGAGAAAGUGAUAGUUUAGAUAACAAAUUAAAGGUUUAUUCAAUAAAAUAUCAAUCCCAUUUGAUGGGGAAAAAAAAAUUAUCUUUAAGCUCAGCAACAUGACAAUGUAUAACUGUCUUUAAAUCAAACUAUAUACUAGGAUUCAUAAUUGUCACUGUCCUCUUAUCUACACCAAUUCCGAAGGAAAGACUCGCCAGUUCAAGGAAGUUACACCACAAUACAUUGAAAGUUUUGAUAAUUUUUGUGUGGAAGACAAAGGUGAAGAACAUGGUUAUAGUGGUGGGGGGAUGAAGAUGAGGAUCACUCCACUGAAGAUUCACUCAUCUUACAGUGGUGGAGUGAUGAAGAUGAGGAUCAUAUCAUAAGGGAAAAAUGAUAAAUUUAUUUGAGACUUAAAUGUUCUUUUGGUCCUCUAUUAUUAUAUUAAUUCGUAAUUUUAGUUU